GAGUGGCGUGGUGGUGGCCAGACCGGCCGGUGCGCAAGGAAAGUUACUGCAGGGGAACCAUGCAACCGGCAGAAACGGCAUUUUACCAUUUUAACCGCGGCAAUCACAUUGACAGGGUUACACUGUGAUUUGAACUGAAUGAUCUGACGAGGAUGCGAAGAUCAAGAAUUAGUAUUAAGCCUAAUGUCAGGCCAGGGGGUCGAGGUGUGGCGCCAGUUGCAGAGGACAAGAGUUCCCAAAAGUCCACAGCUGUUGACGACACCCAGCAAACACCGUUACCUCCACAGUCUCAGCUGGACGUGAGAGAGUCUGCUGUGGCGACAGGAGAUGGACAUGCCCCAGGCUCUCCCUCAGAGAAAGCAUCACUUAACACUAAUGAUGGAGCGCCAUCUAGCGCCAACACACCUGCAACUACAGCACUUCAGAGGAGGAGUAGAUUAUCUGCCACACCAAACCUGGCCAGACCCAAAGUCCGCUCUGCUCCUCCAUCAUCUACUGGAAAGACUGCUUCCCUUCUAUCAGGGACUAAGACAUCAUCUUCUGUCCAGGCAGCCUUUCCUCAGUCACCCGUCCCAGUUGCUAUCAGCAGAGACGAUUCUCAAAACUCCGAUGCCACUGCAGAGGCCAACUGCCCUCCAUCCUCACCAUGUCUUCCAUCCACCUCUGGCUGUCCAGAAUCUCCAUCAACUCCACCGUCUCAACAAGAGCCCCACCAAACCCCUAAAAAAAUCCCAAAUGAAGAUUUUGGGCUCCAAGAAGGAACCACUCCAGCUGCAUGCACACUCUCACCGUGUGUGAAGCUGUCACGUGUUGAUGGACCAGACUCUCCCCUCAGGAACAAAAUGUCCUCAGACAAGCAGCGGGUCUUGAGAGCCCUCAAAUUGAAAGAACUGAUGAAGCUGGAGAAGAGGAAAGAAAGAACGGAGAAGAAGAGUAGACGGCAUAAGCAAGAGCACUGUAUUGAGCUGGAUCGUGACAAAAUGUCCUUAGCUGACUUCAUUUAUUACCUGCCAGAGUCAAAUCCUAUGACGAACAGCUCCUCCCUUUCCACAGAGGAGACUCAAGCACAGCCUGUUGCUUCAUCGUCUCCUGUUGUGCUGAAAAAUAUAGCAGAAGCAGAUGAGGACAAUGAUGAUGAUGAUGAUGCUGAUGACAAUAUGCUGGUUCCAAAAGUCAGGGUGGCAGAGGAUGGCUCACUGAUUUUAGAUGAAGAAAGUUUGACAGUGCGUGUUCAGAGGACGUCUGAUACAAUUGUUGAGAAUGCAAAUCCGCUGUUUGAGCGAGGCUCUUCUACAACAUACGCGAGUUUCAGGAAAAAUAACUAUGUGAAGAACUGGUCUGUCAGAGAGACAGAUAUGUUCUAUUUGGCCAUCAGUAUGGUGGGAACAGAUUUCUCCAUGAUGGCUCAGCUGUUGACUCACCGUAGCAGAACAGACAUUAAGAAUAAAUUUAAGAAGGAGGAGAAAGCGAAUGCAUGGCGAGUGGAUAAUGCGUUCAGAAACAAGCGGCCAUUUGAUAGCGAGUUUUUCAGUUUCCUGCUGAAGAGGAUCUUGGCUAAAGACAAACAAAAAGGCAAAUCCAUUAAACUGGUUGUGAAAUCCACUAAAGAAAAGAAAGGAAAAGGUGGUAAAAAAGCCAAAACGCUUGAGGUUGAAGACUCCAGCAAUGAUGAUGAUGAACUGUGCAGUGUGGACAGUGUCUGUUUUGAUUUAGAAAAGGAAAACCAGGAUGGCUGUAAUGUGAAUGAAGCUGAUGUGCCGUCAAGCACAAGCAAGAAACGUAAACGCACCAAAAACACUAAGCCAAAAGUUUUGUCAUGUGAGAAAACAUGCAAGCCAAGGAAGAAAAACAAGACACCGAAAAAAGGCAAAGGCUCAGUUGAAGUGGAUGGAAGCUCUGUGAACGCAGACAAUGAAGAUCAGUCAUGUGUGCCUGUGCCAAAAAAGAAACGCAAACAAUCAAAAAAGAGUGACCAGGAGCAGCAGGAAGUUAAAAGAGAUGCCAAAGAAAAAUGCCAGAAAAAGAGCAACAAAAAAAAACUACGGAAUGAAGGACCUACUGAUGGAGAAGGUUGCGCAGUGAAUGAGGAGCACAAUGAGGUGUCUCCCGUCCCAACCAAAAAACGCAAACGCUCCAAAGGAUGUGUGAAGGAAGAGGAAGCCACAAAAGGAAAACGGAUGACUAAAAAGAGCAAAACGUCAAAGAAAGUACCGAAUGAAGAACCUACUGACGGAGAAGCUUAUGCACUGAAUGAGGAGCGCAAUGAGGUGUCUCCCGUCCCAACUAAAAAACGCAAACGCUCCAAAGAGUGUGCAAAGGAAGAGGAAGCCACAAAAGGAAAACGGAAGACUAAAAAGAGCAAAACGUCAAAGGAAGAGUGUACUAGAUCUGAGCUGGGAGCUGAUGGUACUGAAGUCUCGACAGCAGCCGCCGAUGCUGAAGAGGAUCAAGGGGAGAAGCUCAGUCUUGAGAGCACAACUCAGGAAGACAUUUCACAAAGCUCUUCCAAACGCUCAAAGAGGCCUUUGCCCAUUUUGGCAAAAAGAAAAGCCAAAAAAGGGUCUGUGCCAAAAGCAACCGUAGAGAGUAAAGACACGGUAGAAGAACCUCAAGAUGAAAGCUGCAAAGAAGCUGAGAAUGAGUUCAACAUCAUCGGUCUUGCUGAGAAACAGCCAGUAGUUGUUCUGGAGAGAACUCCUCCAAGGCUUAAAGAUGCACACAGCUCACCUGAAAGCCAAGGGCAGCCACAGUCCUCUCAGAGCCCACUACGUUCUCCUGGACGCCAGGUAAGAGCGGGAAAGGUGAAGCGCAAUCUGGCUGUUUCAGAUGCUGGUAGUGAAGUCUCGACAGCAGGCCUCUGUGCUGAAGGGAGUCAAGGGGAGAGACUCAGUCUAGAGAUUUCAUUAAGCGAUCAUCCGCUUCAGACAACUUCAGAAGGAGAAAGGAUGGAGCAGUGUCAGACUGGGUCAGAUACAUCACCAGAAGACAUGAGCAGCACUGCCAUGCCUUUUCAAGUAGUCAUCCAAGACUUUAAAGACAUGGAGGAGUGUUGCAAUUUGCAUCAUUCAGAGCUUUUGGCUUCAUCUGAAGAAAAUGGUCAGACAUUACCGAAAAGUCCAGUUGUGUCUCAUGAAGUAGUGGAGCGCUACCUAGGGAUCCGAGCACAAACCGCUGCAGAGGAAUCAACGGCCGCCAGAGGAGAUCAUGUGGGAGAGCAUACAGAUGGUCUUGAGGAACAGGGCUCUAAAAUCGUUACUCUAAAAGAGAGCAUCUCUCAAGAACCAAAAAUGAAAGAAGCUGACACUGCCUCCAUUUCUUCCCAACAAAACCUAUCCGAAAAAAGGAGGUUUAUUAAGCCAACACCCUGUCUAAGCCGAGCAGCCAAGACUUUCCACAGACCUCUCAAUGUGCAAACAGAGUUUAGAGAAAAUACAGCUUCUUUUAACCGUGACUCCACACAGCUGCAGUGUAGCAGUCCUGAGGAAGUCCAAGUGAAGAUCGCCGUGAAUGAAUGCCUUUCUGAGGAAGACGGCACAUGUAGCGUUACUCCAGAAGAAAAUGGCCCUUGGGAUGUUCCGGAUAAUGCCAGAACUACAGCAGAUGAUCUGCCGUCAGCUGCAACUUCUCCAAGACCUAGUAAGACUGAGGACCAUGAAGAUUCAUCUUUCCCUGAGAAGCCUCAGGUUCCUGACACCAUGCCAUCAGACAAAGAUGUGAAUGAAAGAGGAACAAAGCUUGAAAAGUCUGGAUCUCAGAUUUCUGAGAAUAAAGUUCAAAUUCAAACUGAUUCGGAGGCUAGUGAGUCUGCUGUCACAGACACCAUGAUUGAGGAACCUCAGACAGAGGGGAAGAGGAUUGUUCCAGUCAGCUUGUUCUCUGAUGGUUCCUCAGUUUGUACUCAAGAUAGUUUCGCUCCAGAGAAACACAUUCAGCUUACUAAGCACACAUCAAACCUAGAAUUGGCAUCUCGGGUCAUGAUCAACCCUCAACAGACCUCCGAGCCUAAUGAAGAUCCUGCUGAGAAGCCAGAACAUCAGAGCUCAGUUAAAGUCCAGCACUGUGAUUUGGAUUAUGACAUAAAGAGAGUCUCCAGAGAGGAUACGCUUGUGGUAUCUCAGGUGGAUUUGCAGGAACCUAAACGGGAUGAGGAUCUAAGGUCUCCUGUCUUGGUACUUGGCUCAAUACAAACUGCAGCCCCAGAUGUUUCUGUGGACAGCACUGGUAAAGGAAACGAAGGACAAAAUGAUCCAGUUCUCAGCGAUGCUUCAUCAGCACCAUUUGAGGCAGACAGUCCGGUUUCAUCUUUUUAUGAUCCUCCACAUGAUUAUACAAGCAACAUGUGUGAUAUGGACACGAUGCUGUUUAGUGAGUCUGCAGCUGAAAACAUUCAAAUACCAGACGAGCAGGAUUCAGAAAAGCAAGAUGGCACAGAAGAGCAAUCAGAAGCUCAUGAGGAUUGCAUUGCCUCUCUCGAUGGAAAUGCAACAUCUGAAAUCCUAGGUUCAGCUGGAGUGGAAACGGGUGCAACUGAUAACCCAUCAGAGGAGCCCACCUUUAUUUUGACUCUAUAUGAGAUUCCAACCUCUCAGCUGUUCCAUGAGGCUGACUGUGGCCAGCAGGAUAUGCCCACUUAUGAACUGCAGCCAGCACAAGUCCAGACAUCCUCACUGAUAACAGGCAGUUCACAGUCUCUUUCCUGCACAUUAGAGGCUUCCAGUGCAUCUCUGCAUAUGGAGUCGGAAGAGACCAAUACACCAUGUAAAAGUGUUUCUCACAAGGUGCUGGAUGAUUCCCUGGUUCCUCUUUCAAAGGAUGCUGCAGAAGAUGCAAGUACACAAUUGAUAUCCUCACAGGAAAACCGUUGUGAUGAUGUGAACUUUUUAAAUUGUCCACCUGAGAUGCUCUCCUGUAAUUCUGCCAUGCCAACAGAUCUACCAAAGUUGGAUGAGAUCCUGACAGAAUCUCCAGAAACUAAAGCUGCCACUCAGAGAAGUAGCAAGAUAAAGGUCAAGCCGAAACUAAAGCCAUGUGUGGUUGGGCCUUCAAACAAUGGCCAGUUUGAUUGUGCACCCAGUCAGACACUAACGUCUCAUGCUAUUGCACAAGCUGAGAGUGAGUCCAACCAGAAAACAUCUGCACAGGAAACAGUUAGUCCUAAAAUCCACUUAAGCCAUGAAGACCGUGAGUGGGGAGCCAAUCCUGGACAUGACGGUGUGAAAUCAACUGCCAUUGUGACAGGCUCUGAAGAUAUGAGAGAUGAGAGUCAGGUGCACAGUGUGUUGGCUGAUACCUCCUCAGGAAAAAUGGAAAAUGUUUUUAAUAAGGAGAUCCCUCAUGACAGUGAGCUCCAAAAACCUGAGGACUUGUCUGUAUGCCUUCCAGAGAGUGCGAGAUCACUGUCUCAAGUAAAUGUCGAAAAGGAAAAAAUGGCAGAUAAUUCUAAAAAGCCAGAUACUUGCAGAGAGGCAUCAAGUGUGACACCAUCAGUUUCUCAAGGGAGGACUGUGCCUUUACAAAGAAGAGGCAGGAUCCAAGUGAAGCCUAAAAUCCCCAAAACAACAAUAUCUACUAAAGAUGAUUUCUCAAGACGGGAGCAAACUGAUAUUGGAUCUAAUGAACCAGCCACAACUCGAAUCAUUUUUCCAGCAACUUUGAUUAAAGAAGAAUGUGUUAAAGUGGAACUGGGCGAGAGAUCUGAGCAAGAUGUUAUUUCUGAUAUUCCAAAGGAGUCGGACACAGAAAACAUUGAAGAAGUCACAAAGUCAAAGCAGCAGACCACAUUCACAACUGCGGAAACAUCACCAUGCACUGUAUCAUCACCUGAGGAAUUGAAAAUAGAGGGUGGGCACAAGGACGUGUCCCAUGUGGUGUUGUCCGAUACAUUGGUGCCGGUUUCCAUGGAGAGUGGAAGUCCUGUCCAAAGCAGUCUCCAGAUGGGUGAAGAGAGCCAGCAGGUCCUCGCUGCUGAGGAAGACCAGGAGACACAUUUACAUGAGGGUGUUUCACACAUGCUGCUGACUGAUAUAUUCAUACCCGUCUGUGAGGACAUGCAAGAUGAUCUGAGCAAGCAAUGGAUGAAAACUGGAAAGACAAGCCCUCAUGAAGCAGAAAGAUCUCAGAUGAGGGAUCCAGAUUCUGCAGACCUGUUAGGUGCAGUGUCGCAAUCAUCAAAUGUUGGACCAUCAAUAUCACCCAGGAGUCACCCACCACCCAAAGGCAAGUUGUUGGCAAAGAUGACAUUUCCCAAAAGGACAGCUGAAGAUUCCCCUAAGAGGGGCGAGCAAUCAAAAACCGUGCCUCCGCCAACCUUAAUGCCAAAGCAAGAGGUCGAUGCCACUCUAAAUUCCCCAGAAACUAAAAGCAGUUCAGAACCCAAAAUGGAGUCAACACAAUGUAGUUUUGAGACUUUUACAUGUUCUGACUUGCCGCCUGUUGGCUCAGAGGACCAUGAGACGACGUGCAGGGGGUUUUCUCAUAUGUUGCUCUCUGAUAUUUCGGUACCUGUAUUGGAUGAGUCUGCAGAGCACAGCCUUCACAAAGAGGCCUUAUCAGUUGGUCUUCAAGAAGAUUCAGUCAAAGUUGAGAAGUCAGCAUAUAUUGAGAGACCAGCAAAUACUGAAACGGAGGAGACAACAGCAAGUCAGUCUGUGUCAGUGGAAUGGAAAACACCUUCUUGUAGGAGAAGCACACUUCGCCCAAAGCCUAAAUUGUCAAAAAAGAGAGAUGAUCCUUUAGAAACCGACCUCUGUCAGCCGGGCUCUACACAGACCUCUUCAGCUACUCCUCAGCAGUCCCUGGACCCUCAAGCUGAGGAAUGGUCCCUCAAAAGCAAUAUGCUGCCAAUGGACUCGGAUGAGAUAGAGAACUGGUGUGAAGGAGUUUCACACAUGUUGCUGUCAGAUGCAUUUGCGCCUGUUUCUGAAGAGAUUGGACAGAACAGCACAGAUCUAAAAGUACAUGAGGAUGAGGAACACGCUCUUAGUGUGCCAAACAGUGAGGAGACACCUCCUGAGAUUUCAGAUGAAGUACAUCAAUUAGACACUAUUUCUGACUUGCCAAAGAUUGACGAAUCAAAUGAGAGUCUGCCAGCAUCAAAAGCUAAAAAAUCACCAGCGAGAAGUACAUUUCAGAUGACACUAAGAUCGCCUGAAAGACGCCUUAAAGAUCAAGCCAAUGUGCUAAAGACAGCCGAAGCUGCCCCAACCACACCUCAGCGAGCUCAGACAUCAAAAGUGAAGGAAUCCAUGAGUACUCCAACAAAGCAACACACAGGAGAGAUCUCAGGUGUGUGUAGGGUAGAGCUAAAGAAGUUAUCUGUAGAGGAAAUAUUCCCUCUCCAAAGUGUCCUGCAACCAAAGCAUCACAGCACACCCGUCACUGUGAAAUCCAUUUUUAGAGGGAAUGAGAUGCCCAAGGUAUCUCUGGCUUUGCGUGGAAGCAGAAGCCCUGGUUUAGAAAUGCAUGCUGAUGAGGAGCCACCCGUGCCUCCAGGAUACUCACCAAAGAUUGUCCUUCAUCGUGUACCAAUAACCGAUGCAAACACGCUUGCCUCGUCCCCAGCUAGAGUGUCCACCACAGCCUCCCAACCACCGGCAGAUCAUCAGUUCUCUCAAAACAGCCCUCCAAUCUCCAAUUUGGAUGCUGAUAAGGAUCCUGUUCAAGUGUCCCAGUUCUUCCUGGAUGACAUCUUCACUGAAGUCGUGGAUCCGGACUGAUUCUUGUUUGAGACGUUUUUCACUGCUGCUAUUCCUGUUCCUUGCACUGGAGUGAACAUGUACAAUGCUGUCACACUGCUAAUUGCAGACCUAUUAGAGAAUUGGCAGUAAUUUUAAUAAAAUUGUUUAACUUUCAUGAAGGAAAAUACAUACGUAGAUUAUAAAAAAUUGUUAUGCCAUAAGUUUUUUUUUUUUUUUUUUUUUUUUUUUGUGAUGCAGGUUUAGUCACAGCUCUGUUAUUUAUUUGUAUUUAUUGAAUGCUGAACAUUGAACCACUUUUUUUUUUUUAUCAAUGACAUUAGUUAACAAUGACAUGUCAGUUUUACUGACUGCAGAUGAGUUUAAAGAUCUUGCUUUGGUCAAUGCAAAUCUAUUUGUUUUUAUUGUAACUGUGUUACUUUUGUUUUCGUUCUGGGAGCAAAACCACUUCUGUGAAUUGUAAUACAAUUCUCCAGUGAGAAUUUAUUUUUCAAGAAUGUGUAAUUAAAUAUUAUCAAUUGUCAAUUAUAUUGGCAAUUGGUGGCACAGUCUGGAAUGGAUAUUACAUCAGUUAAGUAUUUAUAAAUAAGUUAAUAAAUUGAU